CGCCGUUAAGUGUAGCCCCCGGGAAGAAGAGGAGUAAGACGAAUGCUGCCCCCCGGAGGAAAGUAAAGGCCGUCGAUCAGGGGGGCCAGUUGAUCUACCGGAGGGUUACUCCUUCCUGGACACCGCCGCUCUGGAGAUUAAGUCCCAAGCUGACAGGGCGGACAUCUACAUCACCCAGUUGCAUGUAGGGCCCUCGACCGUGGUAGUCGAGCCAGGUCCUGAUAACGUGCUGUCGCGGCCCCCCGAGGGAUGUAUAGCCGUGCACGUGCUCUCGGUCUCAAUGGGCCUCCGGUUCCCUCUCCAUCCGUUCCUCCGGGAGUACCUGAGGUACACCGACCUGGUUCCCUGCCAAUUGACCCCCAAUAGCCACUCGUACAUAACUGGGUUCGUGAACCUGUGCAAACUCCGGGGGGUUACACCGAGCUUGGAGCUAUUCUUCCAAAGCUUCAACCUAUGUCGGGUGGGCCAUACCAAUGCCGAGGGCUAUGCGAACUUACAGCAGAUAGCCCAGUUCAAAUUUUUCACCGAGGCCCCUUCUUCCAACAAGGGGUGGAGAGAGCGAUGGUGCUACAUCAGACUGGCCGACAGCCCUUUCCCGAGGGAGUUGCGGAAUUGCUUUCGGCGUCAUGUGAAGGUCAAGAGCGCCGCCCUCGAGAAGGAUGGCCUGAAGAUUGCCGAGAUUCUAGAGGGGCGGGAUAAGAACAUAACCAUCAAGGAGUGCACCCUCGAGAAAGACCUGUAUGCCCUCGGAUUCCUGAGGUAUCGGUUCAUUGGGGAGACCGAGGAGAAGUAUCCCCUCUAUGAUAAAGCCUUCGUGGGAGCAGGAGGUAGUGGCCGGGGGCUUUACAUUUUUGUACUUUGAGAUUUUCUGUCAUGUUUGUUGUCGUUUCUCGGACCCCUCGGUGCUAACCUUUUAACUUGUUGUUUCUUUGCAGGUAGCAGGAUGAAUGCCAACGCUCUGUUCGCAAAGAGGAAGGGCAAGACCCAGUCCAAGGAGAAGGGGCCCUCGGGCCAGAAGCCAGUCGACGCGCUUUUCCCGAAGGUCAUAGAGCCUUCCGCCGGGGACGCCCAUGCUGCUGUGGGGACCGGGGGGUCGAAGGCCGAGGCGGCCGCUAAGAAGAAGAGGGGCGACAAGGUGGUGGAGCCCCCCACCAAGAAGCAGAAAGGCGCCGUGGGUGCUGUCGGGGGGGCGGCCCCCCUCAUAAUUAUUGAUGACACGCCCGCUGUUGAUGGGCCUCUAGCCUCGGUCCCUCCGAAGGAUCCGGUGAAUCCCCCCGGGAGGAAUUACCCCGGGAGAUCCGUCAGCUCUCCUUUGCCCCCGGCGCUUCCCUGAUGCACGGCACUGCCGAGCCGAGGAGCUUCCUUCGGGGCAUCACCUCGAAGAUGGACAGGGAAGUCUUCGAGACCUACGAUGAUGAUGCCCUCGAGAACAGGAUCCUCCGGUCCUCUCUCACUGCCUGCAUAGCCCUCGGGGAACAGGCCCGGAGGCGCGAAGAAAGGCGCCUUCACGAGGCCGCCCAAGAUAAGAAGGUGGAGGGGCUGAUCCGCAAGAACUCCGAGGCGGUGAAGCAUGCUGCACAGCUGGAGGAGGCCCUUCGGGAGGCGAAGGCGGCGGCGGAGAAGGCCAAAGCUGACGGCAUUGCCGAGGGCAAGGCGGAGGCCGAGAGGGCUGCUGCCGAGGCGGCGAGAAAGGCUGCCGAAGAAGCCCAAACUGCUAAGGAGAGAGCUGCGGCCGAGGCCCGAGGGGAGGCAGUCGCGGAGUUCCUCGCUGAGGGCUGGAGGGUCGAGGGCCAUAAGGAGUGGGUUGCCUCCGUGGUGGCAGCCUCGGUGGACGCUUGGGUAGAAGGCCCGGGGGUUGACUGGCUGACUGACAGGGGGGACGCCUACUACUAGGGGGUGAGUUCUUUACCCAACACCUGAUCUAC